AUGUCGUCGCUCCCCCCAGCCAAGAGCGAGAUCUCGGAGAAGCCGUCGAAGAACUCCGUCACUCGCGCGGUCGACCCCAGGGCCAAGGAGGCCGACACCGAGCGCGCCUCGAGGCUCUUUGGCGUCGUCCAGGCGUUCCGCGAGGGUCGAUACCCCGACAACAAGCAGAUUGACGAUACCCUCAAGUACACGCUUGCGCACAGCCCCAUCGACGAGACCAAGCUCUCGUCCGAUGGACGCACCCUGGUCAAGGAUGUCCGCGAGCUCAUCGAGUCCGCGCGCCAGAUGGUGAUGGAGAAGAACAGCAACGAGGAGUUCCAGAACUUCCUCUACGCCACCCGCAAGGCCGAUGUCGCCCGCAACGUCAACGUCGCCUCGCCCCUCAGCAAGGACGAGGCGCAGAAGCACGGCGAGUCGGCCGGCGAGGCCUUCCGCACCCUCGUCACCCUCUUCCUGCGCAACGGCGAGCUGCGCAAGAUCUUCCAGGACCUCGGAUACGUCGGCCGCGACAUGUUUGCCGAUGGUGCCGCCAAGGCCGCCGAGGUCUCGCGCCCGCACGAGGAGAAGCUGGCCCAGGUCGACCAGCCCGCCCCCGACAACGAGUUCCACGACGAGAUCCCCGGCGCCCUCCAGAAGCGCAAGGCCGAGGAGAAGGCCGAGCGCGCCAGGGAGGCCGCCCGCACCGAGGGCGCCGACCACGCCCAGGACGUCGCCGACACCCUCGACCCCAACGCCUCGCGCGAGCAGAACCAGGCCCGCCUCGCCGACAAGGCCAACGAAAAGGCCAACAUCCUGUCGAGCAAGAUCCCCCAGAAGCACAAGGACAACCUCCGCGAGCAGGCCGACAAGACCCAGGACUACCUCAAGGAGAAGUUCCCCAAGGAGCGCCGCGACCAGUUCAUCUACCGCCUCAAGAAGGUCGUCAUCGAGUGCCAGCGCCACCCCGACUACGAGGACGCCAUCGACUACUUUAUGACGCUUUUUGAGCAGUACAAGGGCCACGCCAGCUCGGUGCAGAACCAGGCCACCCAGAGCGCCAGCCAGGUCCGCGGCGAGGGCAACGUCGCCACCGCCGAAAACGCCUUCCGCACCCUCAUCGAGCGCUUCGCCAACGGCAGGCCCACCCAGCCCAUCCUCGACGCCAUCGACCAGCUCUACACCGACGCCCGCAACGACGGCGAGCUCCGCGACUGGUUCCAGCGCCUCGACACCUACGUCCGCCGCGCCCUCCAGGAGCCCGGCUUCAUCAUGAAGGACGAGGCAGACACCCAGGCCCGCCAGCUCCGCGACUCGGGCAAGAAGUUCUUUGUCUCGCCCGACGCCAGCUCCAACCAGCAGGGCGGCAAGUACCAGCCCCACUUUAAGAACCUCGCAAACCAGAUCGAGUUCUUCUUCAAGGGCAUGGGCGACGACCCCCUCAACCAGAAGUUCGGCGAGGACAUCAAGAGGCUCACAAAGGACCUGUUCUUGAAUGCCGAUGGGAAGCCGUCCUUCAAGCCGCAUUUGUGGGCGGAUGUGUCUAAGACGAUUGGCCCCGCUCUGCUGUCCCACAUCGGACCUGCCCUGCUCGACCCCGAUGCGUGGUACCAGGACAUCACACUGACCAUCAGCUUUCUCAUGCCGUCCGUCUUCUACCCCACGUCGUCCACACCAGGAUCGAUCCCGCUGCCCAGGAUGGAGUACGCCGACAAGCAGAACGAGCUGCUGAUCGAGGACCUCAACAUCGACCCGCUCAACGUGCUCCCCUCGGUCUACGAGAUCGAGAACCGCAACCACAUGAAGUUCUCGGCCUUCAAGGAGAUCCCCAACCAGGCGCAGCACAGCCUGAAGCUCACCAUCUACCAGAUCCAGCUCGACAUCCGCGACGUCAACUUUCACUACCGUCGCAUGUCCGGAUUCAAAAUCCAGGAGUCUGGGAGGGCGGACAUUCUGUUGGGUGGCAAGGGCUUGACGCUCCAACUCGCUCUGGACUCAGAAAGUCGCAAGAACCACAUUUUUACGGUCAAGUCGGUCAAGGCGUCGAUUGACAAGAUGUCGUUCGCCAUCAAGGGCACGAAGCACGACCUGCUUGCCAAGCUGGUGCGCCCGCUCGCCAUUGGGCUGAUCAAGAAGUCGAUCUGCAAGGCUGCCGAGCAAGGUAUCCGCAACGCGCUCGAGGACCUCGACCGCAACCUCGUUGAGCUUCGCGACCGUGCCGAGCGCAACAAGGAUGUCGAGGGCAAGGGCUUCGGCGAUGCCUUCAAGGAGACGUUCCAGAAGGACAAGAGCAGCGCCAGCGACAAGGAGAGCAAGGGCACGUUCAAGUUUGUCACGUCCAAGCGCCAGUCGAUGAUGCCCGACGUCGGCCACCCGGACGGCCUGGUGCAGAGGCUCGACGAGCGCAGCGAGCUGGCCAAGUCGACUGGCAACUCGCACAAGGAGUGGUACUCGCCCGCCUUCAACCUGGUCGCCGAGGGCCAGCCCAACCCCAAGAACACCGAGAGCGCCAAGACGGCCGGCCUGGGCAGCAAGCAGACGGCCGCCACCGCCGCCGGUGCUGCGGGCGUCGGUGCCGGUGCCGCUGGCAUUGCCGCCGCCACUGCCUCGCGCGGUCACGGCGCUGGCCAGCCCGGUCAGACCUCGACGGCCUACACCAACCCUAGCGCGACCAACGCUGGCCCGUCGUCGGCCACGGCCCCGACCGGCAGCGCGUUCAACGGCAACUCGAUCUACUACCAGGACGACGUGCCGCAGACGACCAAGGCCGCCCCGCCGAUCACCAACGCGCUGCCGACGACGACCACCGGCGCCGCGCCCAACACCACUUCGACCCUCUAA